CGAAGUUUCAGAUCAAGAGGAAUCCCAGCAUAAUUCCUUCCACCUGAGUCGUGAUCGAUGUAGCUGUAUAAAUACAGAUCAAAUUAGUUUAACAGACACCGCAGUCUGCUACAAUCAAGUUUACUCAAGUUUGCAUCAGUUUUUCAACUUAAUCUGGCCUAUUCCAGCAAAUGGCAUUCAAACUUGAGUUAUUCCUCUUGCUAUCAACAUUAGCGUUCGCAUCCCUUCUUGACAGGGUCAGGGCAGGAGAUCCGGACAUUACCUCAGAUUUCUUAGUCCCACCAAAUGUUACUUCUGUGAACGGAACUUUUUUCACCUUUAUCGGCCUGCGUGACAUUUUCCUGUCAGCGCCGCCGCCUGCUUUUAAGGCUACAAAAGCAAGCCUGGCCGAGUUCCCGGCUCUCGAUGGACAGAGUGUUUCAUUAGCAAUCUUGCAAUACCCUGUUGGCUCUGUCAAUCCUCCACAUACUCAUCCUCGCUCAGCCGAGCUGUUGUACGUUCUAAUGGGUACUUUAGGAGUCGGAUUUGUGGACACCAAGAACAAUCUUUUUACUCAAACACUUCAAACCGGGGACUUGUUUGUGUUUCCUAAGGGACUUGUUCAUUUCCAGUACAAUUGUGACCCUGACAAAUCCGCCACCGCGAUUUCUGCGUUCGGAAGUGCUAAUGCUGGCACAGUUUCAAUCCCUGGAACUGUCUUCAACACCAGCAUCAGCGAUGAUGUUUUGGCUAAGUCUUUCAAGACAGACAUCGCCACCAUUCAGAAGAUCAAGAGUGGGUUUGCACCACAACCCUGA